AUACUAUAUUUUAAGUAUUCAUACACUCAAUUAUGUAGAGGUACGUACUCAAAACUUCACUGAAAUCAUAAGGUACUUAUGAAAACUUAUCUUCUACGUGAUACAGUAAGCAAACUAACAAUGAAACGUUGUGUGACAUGGACCUUUUUACUUGAUAAUGUGUCUUAAAUGUCUCGACUGAAAUAGAUGUUCCCAAGACAAGUAAUUUGUUUAUACUUACAAUGCAAAUUCAGAGUGAAUAAAUACUGUAGUACAAAAUUACAUGUUUUUUGAAGACAGAAAAGUUGAUUUUUCAUACUUAUUCAAUUUCAAACAUCUGAGAUUUUCAGUUUAACAGUCUUAGGUAAUAAUUUGUUUUUUAUUUUAAACACAACAUGGAUUUGAGAUCGAACCAAAAGGAAAAAUUGAAAUACCCCAAGUCCAUAUAUUUAAUCGUAUUUAUUGAAUUUUGCGAACGAUUUAGCACUUACGGACUGAGAAGCGCAUUGGUUUUGUACUUAACGACGAUAUUGAAGUUUAACGGAGACGAUUCGACGAUAAUAUAUCACAGUUUCAUAUUUUUAGCAAACAUCAUGCCGUUGCCGGGUGCAAUCCUGGCCGAUUCUUAUUUGGGAAAAUUCAAAACGAUAAUAUGCUCGUCAACGGCUUACGCACUCGGAGGUGCAGUGCUUACCGGUGCUUCGAUGGCAGAUAUUUUUAGCCUGGACUUUCAAAAAAUUGUGGCUGUUUUCGGGUUAUUCAUCAUAUCUAUCGGCACAGGUGGUAUAAAACCUUGCGUUUUCGCGUUCGGUGGCGAUCAAUUCCAGUUGCCACAACAAAAAAAACAGCUACUGCACUACACUACCGUUUUCCUGUUUAUCGUGAGCGUUGGAGCGUUGAUCUCGACGUUUUUGACGCCCGAAUUGAGGCACAGCGUACAUUGUCUUGGCAGAGACACUUGUUUUCCGCUGGCUUUCGGAGUUCCAGCCCUGCUUAUGUUCACAGCUAUAGUGGUAUUCGUAUCCGGAAAAUCUAUAUACGUGAAUAAGAAGCCAGAACGUAACAUCAUCGCCAAGACGUUCGGUUGUAUUUUCUAUGCGAUACGCACGAAAAUGACGACGUCCGUUCCAUGCCAAACCCACUGGCUGGACAAUGCAAAAGGAGCGUACACUGAGACAGAGGUAUCUGAAACGCGAACGUCACUGAACGUGAUCAGCGUAUUCGUGGCAUAUCCAGUGUUUUGGUCGCUGUUCGCACAACAGAGUUCCCGGUGGACGUUGCAAGCCAUGCUGAUGAACGGACGAGUGGACUUCUUGGGCUGGACAAUCAAACCCGAUCAAAUGCAGAUACUAACACCGUUAUUGGGUCUGACGUUGCUUGUCCUCUUCGACGUCGUCUUUUAUCCGUUGCUGGCAAUGGUCGGCGUCCAGAAACCGUUACAAAAGCUCACGUUUGCCGGUGCCCUGGCCGUCAUUGCAUUUGUGUUCACAGCUCUACUGCAGUUUAAAAUUUUCGGAAAUACCACAGAGAUACCGUCUGGCCAAGGACGCCUAAACAUUUACAACGGAUUAGACUGCAACGUGUCAGUACGAUCGAGGUCAUUGCAUCUCCAGGACAAUAUUAUCGGUCCACUCGAAAUGAUCAACGCCAGCCGUCCAGUACUGUCUCGGGAUGACGUCGUCGAUAUCUCAUUAGGUUUCGAAACAGAGUGCUUAUUAUCGGUACCUGACAACUACGAGUUUGAUACUACUGUGACGAUUACCGAAGGAGUGGAGAUUUCUUAUCACUUGUUCCGUAUUAACCCAAACACAAUCAAAUUAAACCGAAUUGACACUCAUGACAGUCUAGUUAAAGAAAAGUUUGGAAACCCAAAAUUGAGAAUUUUGAUCGACCACACAUUCGAUUUUGACGAUAAUAUUACAUUGGUCAGUGCAGAUCAAAACUCGUUUACCUCGUACCCUCUAUCUUCGUUUCGGGGGAUGAACUAUAAUGUCGUUAAGGUAGGGAAAUACAAUGUUUUCUUCAACGGAAAAAUAUUGACCACAUCAAUUAUAGACAUUUUACCUGCGACAUUUUAUACAAUAACUUUACAGCGAAAUGGCGAUAAAAUGGAUGUACGAUUAUUUACCAAAGAUGAAGGAAACUAUAUUCACAUAUUGUGGCAGCUACCACAAUAUUUUUGUAUGAUCACAGCUGAUGCCAUAUUCGCCGUGACCACUGCGGAAUUUGCAUUUACUGAGGCCCCGAUAAACCUUAAGUCAUUCAUAUCCGCUGUUAAUUUAUUGACAAUGGCAUUAGGAAAUUUGUUGGUCGUACUCAUAUCGACAAUAUCAAUUAAAAAUCAGGCAAACGAAUUUUUAAUGUACUCGGGUCUCAUGUUGGCUGACACGAUGUUACUAGCGUAUUUCGCUGUGGUUUACCGUAGUAAGAAUGCUAAUACAACUGAUGCAACAUAAUGGAUAUAUGUAAAGGGCAAUAUUAAUAUAUGUUUAAAGGACGUGUAUUGAAAUUACUUAUACAAUAUACAAUUAUUCAAUAUUUAA